AUGGCAAAACAGUUCCCGCACGUCACAUAUCCAGACGCUGCGUCACAAAAUCCGCUGACAUCAGCCGGUUCUCAAUCUAACCAGACCUCGCCGCCGAAAUAUCCUUCCCCAUGGGCAAGUGGAGCAGGCGAUUGGGCGGAUGCUUGGAAGAGGGCAACGGAUGUUGUGAGCCAAUUGACGCUGGAAGAGAAGGUCAAUAUCACUACUGGUACGGGAUGGGCACUCGAUGACUGUGUAGGCAACACUGCUUCAGUUCCCAGGUUCGGCAUCCGAUCAUUAUGCAUGCAGGAUUCGCCAACUGCCAUGCGAUUUGGUGAUUUCAACUCGGUCUUCCCCUCUGGCGUCAAUUUGGCAGCAGCAUGGAGUAGAGGAUUUGCUAUCGCGCGUGGAGUAGCAAUGGGAGAAGAGUUUCGUGACAAGGGCGUGAACGGCCUUCUGGGACCUGUAGCUGGACCAUUGGGCCGCAGCCCUGAGGGAGGCCGCAACUGGGAAGGCUUUAGUUCUGAUCCCUAUCUGACUGGUGUGUUGUUUGCAGAGACCGUUAGAGGUAUUCAGAGCACCGGACGAAUGGCUGUCGGCAAGCACUUCAUCGGCAACGAACAAGAACAUUUCCGACAAGUGCCCGAGACGACGCAAUUCGACCUGGGAAACAUCACCUAUCCAGGCUCGUCCAACAUCGAUGACACAACUCUACAUGAGCUCUAUCUAUGGCCAUUCGCAGAUGCUGUACGCGCAGGCUUGGUGUCGAUCAUGUGCAGCUACAACCGCAUCAACAACUCCGACGCUUGUCAGAAUUCUUACCUUCAGAAUUACAUCUUGAAAGACGAGCUAGGCUUCCAAGGCUUCAUCAUGUCCGAUUGGCAGGCGACGCACUCGGGUGUCAGCUCAGUCUUGGCAGGUCUCGACAUGACGAUGCCUGGUGAUGUCGAAUUCGAUACAUCGACCAGCUAUUUUGGCCCGAAUUUGACAAUCGGAGUUCUCAAUGGCUCCAUCCCCCAAUGGCGUCUGGACGACAUGGCAACACGCAUCCUCGCCGCCUGGUACUUUGUCGAUGGCGACAGCGAGGAGAAUAACAAGCCCACCAACUUCAAUUCUUGGACCCUCGACACCUAUGGAUCUUUCCACAGCUAUGUCGGCCCUGAGUACGGAUACGGUCUGAUCAAUGAACACGUUGACGUCCGUCAACAGCACGGCGCCUUGAUCAGAGCCAUCGGUAGUGCUUCCACUAUUCUUCUCAAGAAUGUCAACAACACUCUGCCGUUGACUGGUCAUGAAAAGCUUACCGCAGUCUUUGGAGAGGAUGCUGGGCCCAACCUUGAAGGGCCAAAUGGGUGCGCGGAUCGUGGAUGUGCUCAAGGUACUGUCGCUAUCGGCUGGGGAAGCGGGACUGGAAACUUUCCGUACCUGAUCACACCUGAUGCAGCGAUCCAGCGCGAGAUCACAGAUCACUAUGGCGCAUAUGAGUCUAUUCUGUCCAACGGUGCUUUGACGCAGAUUCAAGCCCUUGCCAGACGGGCCGCGCAAGUCGGAGGUGUCUGUCUCGCCUUUGCGAAUGCGGAUUCUGGCGAAGGUUUCUUGCAUCCAGACAGCAAUUGGGGAGAUCGCAACAAUCUCACCUUCUGGCAAGGCGCACCCGCCAUGCUGAGGAAUGUUACCUCGAACUGCAACAACACCGUCUUGGUCAUUCACUCGACUGCCCAAAUAGAGAUCCAGGAAUGGAAAGAUCACCCCAACGUGACUGCGAUACUGUGGGCUGGUCUUCCAGGAGAGCAGUCCGGAAACAGCUUGGCAGAUGUACUGUAUGGAAGAAUAAACCCUGGCGCCAAGCUUCCCUUCACGAUUGGUCGUAACCGAUCUGACUAUGGUACUGAUUUGCUAUACUAUCAGAAUGGUCCGGUACCCCAGUUCGACUUUGAGGAAGGUGUAUUCGUCGACUACCGAACCUUCGACCAUCGCGAGAUCGAGCCUACGUAUGAAUUUGGUUUCGGCAUGAGUUACACGACCUUCAACUACAGCAAUCUCGAAGUCAGCAAAACCAACGCUGGUCCAUACACGCCGACUCAGCGCAACACUGAGCCCGCACCAACUUACGGAACCAUUGACAAUGAUACCUCUGCCCACGUCUUCCCCGAGAAUGCUACUCGAAUCCCCUAUUUCAUCUAUCCAUGGAUCAACAGCAGCGACCUCCAAGAUUCAUACGGCUGGACAGAUUAUGGCGACGACUCGUUCAUCCCGGAGGGUGCUCGAGAUGGCUCAUCUCGACCUAUUUCACCAGCUGGCGGCGCCCCUGGCGGGAACCCUGCACUCUGGGAUGUCCUGUACGAAGUCACAGUCAACAUUACAAACACUGGCAAAGUCGUCGGUGAUGAAGUUGCUCAGCUCUACGUUUCUCUCGGUGGCGAAUAUAAUCCUAAGAUUGUCCUGAGAGGGUUUGAGCGAGUCCCAAUCCAACCUGGCGAGACUGUCAAGGUCAAUUUCGAUCUUCUGCGUCGAGAUAUCAGUAACUGGGAUACGGUCAGUCAGAACUGGGUCAUCACAGAUGCGCCGAAGAAGGUUUAUGUAGGUGCUUCGAGCAGGAAUUUGCCGUUGCAGGCGGAUUUGGACGUGAGUGGUUACUAG